AUGGAGAGUUCGAGCGACAUCUCGCCUGCUGUGCGGGCUGAGUCUGAUGCGUGCUCAUCGACUUGCGCGGCUUCACGAGGCCCCUCGCCCUCUUCUUGUGCUUCUUCGGCCUCUGGUGACGCGGCUGGCGGGCCUGCAGCCGCUUCCGCAGAGACGCGCCCGCCAACUCUCUCCGCCUUGACUGCGUUGGACUCCAGCGGCUCUCCACGCGCAGAGCCUCAGAGUGACCAGACGGCUCGCGCGUCUCCAUCUGCGGCAGCUGCAGCCGGGAAGGCGGGCGAAAAGGAGACAGUCGUGGAGGACGGCAGCGGACCUAGCCCAGCGCAGGAAACAGGCUUGGGGGCUAGCGAGCUUGAGACUUGUGCCGACACAAACACCCCUUCGGUUGCCAAAGUGAUGACUCGAAUGCAGUGGGAGAGCGAGCAGCAGUGCCUCCACCGCCAGCGGUUUCUGCGGAAAGUGAUUGAGGACCACGAACGACGACUCGGCCGCGUGGACCUGGGAGAGUUGGAGCUCUUCUCCGCGCUGUACUUCAACGUGAAGUUUCUGCAGUGCACCUACGACCGGCACUUGCUGGAGCGCAUGCGUGCCUACGAGCCCGACCUCGGAGUGUCGCACCAAAGGAAGAAUCAGGACAGAGAAGACUUGGUCGUCAGCUAA